UAAAUACCUACACAUAGGGCACAUAGGUACCUACGAUGUGGAUUUAAUUUGAUUUUAUUUAUCCAAGUUUUGCUGUAAUUAUGAGUAUUAAAGUUUUAAUUUAGGAAAAUAAACUUAAUAUAUUUUACAGUCUCAUACAAUAUUAGUGACCCAAAUAUGGGUCGGCGACAACGCAAACGAAGUCGAAACAAGAGUAGACUAUUUCAUACUUGCGACGAUGGCAAAGAAAUAGUUUUAUUAAAUUCUUGGCUCAGCAAACAUGGUAUGAGGCGUUAUGACAAAUUAGUUCUAGCAGUAUUCAAUGAUACAGGACGAGGAGUACUUACAAAAAAGAAGAUAUAUUCUGGCGAAGAGUUAAUGAAUUUACCUCUUAAUCUUACGAUUAAUGUUACCACAAUUUUGAUGGAUAAUCAUUUUUGUAACAUAUUUUUAGAGAAUACGAGGCCGUGUUUACAAGAUUAUAAACAUAUGAUUUCAUUUCAGUCAUUGAUGGCAUUUUAUUUGGCAUUCUUGAAAGUGCAAAGCUUGGAGUGUAAAUGGUUUGUAUAUUUAGAAAGUCUACCCAAAAAUUACAGUGUACCAUACUUUUUGCCGAAUAAUGUCUUGUGUGAUAUUCAUGAUGAUAUUUUAGAUGUGAUCUCAAAACAGAAACAUGUUGUAAACACAUCUUAUAACAUUUUCGAUGAAAUUUUAAAAAACACUGCAAGUUCUAAUAUUAAUGUAAAUAAACUCAGAGAUUAUUUUACGUUGUCCCUUUAUGAGUGGGCCUAUUUCACUGUAAAUACUAGAUGUGUUUAUAUGGAUUUAACCAAAGUAAUUGACUUAAAAAAUAUUGAAAAUUCUAUUUUGAAUCUUAUAUGUGAUAAUACAAAAAUAUCUCUAUGUCCAUAUUUAGACAUGAUAAAUCAUAGUCCUAAUGCUAAGAAUGAAACAAAACUAAUGAUAAGUAGGAAUUUGGAUCUUAUAAAUGUGUCAAAUUUGAAUCAAGAACUAUUUUUAGAUGUCAGUUUUUCGAUUUACACCAAAAAUAAUUUUGAUCCCUAUACACAAGUAUUUAUAUGCUACGGUGACAGCCAUAAUUUAAAAUUAAUUACAGAGUAUGGCUUUUUCUUGCCUGAUAAUGAUUUGGAUUAUAUUUCAUUUACGUUUGAAGAUAUCGAAAAUUUUCUGAAUAUAAGUGGAUUAAAAUUAUCUCCGGAUCAAGUUUUGUUUAUAAAUAGUCAUGGAUUGAAUAAGAAUUUGUACAUAGAUUUUAAAGGCCUAAGUUAUAAUUUUUAUGGCCUAUUGAUGGUUGUCAAGUAUUAUUAUAAUCAGACCAUGGAUGUGAGUAGACUGCUAUACUCUGCAGCUAUUUGUUCGGAUGACAAAGAUUUGAAUAGUAUAGUGACACCACUGGUUAGUGACAAAUUGAGAAGUAUCAAAGAUUUGUUAAGUAGACUAGAUCAAGUUCAAAAUAAGUGUGAAAUUUUAGAUAAUUGUGUAGCACUUAUGUGUCAAUAUGUUAAAAUAUUAGAAAAUUUUAAUAAAUGUUAGAUAAAUGUC